AUGAAGGCGACAAAAGUCCCUGCUACUAAUGCAUUCGGCUUCAGUUUUGGCUCCGACUCAAAUGCUACAGCUGGCCUAACUGCUAGCAUUAAUGUCACCACGGCAAGAGAAAGAGGAAUCACAACUACAAAUCCUAGAACAAAUCAAGCACUAUUUUCGUUGGGAGCCACCACAAAUACCAGCAAACCUGCGUCCGUUGGCAUAGUAGCUUCAACGACUGGAUUAUUUGGGGCAGCGAGCACAAGUAACCCGACUUCGACCACACUGACUAGAUUUUCAAUGCCAGAGACACUAGCAGAGACAAAACAAAUCCAUUGUGAUAAAAUUUAUGGCGAUACAAACAAAACGAAACGUGAAAAUGAGACCAAGAAACUAGCCAAGACAUCUCUUUUGAAUGCUCCAUCUAAUGCAACUAAAUUGAUCAUAGUUGAACCAUAUAAAAGUAAAAGAAAGGACGUUUCCACAUCAUCUGCAUCCAGUACAACUGUAUCAGGCUUUACACUUUCUACAAUCGUUUCAUCUCAUUCGAGCACUAUCGCUAGCACUAUCGUAACUCCAACCACUACCGCACAAAUUGAUAAGCCGAAAACAACUAGGAAAAUAAGCACUGUGAGUGCAAUAAAAACAGUGCCUUCACCAACAGUUACUAUUGCUUCAACUUCAACACCGGCAACUACUUUAGACCCCACUUCUCGACCUGAAGGUUUCUCAUUUUCGGCUGGUUGGUGGACAACGCUUACAUCGACUUUGGCUGCAAGACCUAGUGCAAAACCUAUUGCAAAACCGGUCGAAACGGAACUAGCAACGGAAGCCUUGUCAAUUCCAAAAGUGGCUAGAAAAGUGGAAGAAACUAAAGACGCAUUUGGACUGGCUAAAUCAACUGGUAAUACCACAUUGUCUUCAUUUGCUCCACCAAAAUUUGGCUCAGACACACAGCUAGACACACAGGCCAUAACAGAAACGAGCACAACUCUAUCGAGUAGUUUCCCAGCAACUCCUCCCGCAUACAAUUUUAACAGAGCAACUUCAAAACCAUUUGCAUUGCCUGCAAAGACAGGAAUUCCAUUCGGAGUUCCAAGCAGUAGUGUAGCCAGUGCAAACACAAAUACACUUGGCACUUCGAGUCUAGCUUCGAGUACAAGCACAGGCCUUUUUGGAUUUGGGGCUCAAUCAAUCACUGUUCCAGCCGCGACAAGCACCCCUGCUACCAUUGACUUCGUUUUUAGUUCCGGUUCGAAUGCUACGGCCACAACGGCUCCCACAUUCGGACUAACAGACACCAAUUUUCUACCCAAUUUUACCACGAAACGAGGAGAUGCAUUGAAUGAUUCGGGUCAAACGGUUGCUUCAUCGAAGCUUGUAUCAAAUCGAACCAGUCUAGAAACCAGUCCAUCGACUAGUGCUCAAAAGAAGCUGUACAAAACUGUUGAUAUACCAAAAUCGACCAUGCUUGAAACGUCUGAAAAUGCUAGAAAAAAUGAUCCCACAACAAAAGCUACAAAUAUUCUAAUCAAUGAUCUAUUGGAAGCAAAGAAAACUUAUGAAAUUCGUAAAGGUAAAGAAGAAAAUGAACCACUACCGACACAUAGACCGACACAUCCUAGACAUCGUAUGAGUAUCCGAAAUUGCUAG